AUGUCGUAUACGCAAGUCAAUUGUCAACUAGCAAACGUCAAAGUUAGUGAUUCACUGUUGGAGGGCUUCUAUAGGAAAGCCCUGUUGAAAUACGCUGAUGACCUGAUGAUGAUGCUGAUGUUUCCAGGGGGCUGGAGCAUGGCGGGCAUGGGUCUGCUGGGCGGCGGCGCUGGCGGCGCGGGCGGCGUGCUAGCAGCGGAGGUUUGUGCGCCGCUACUGCUGCUGUGCUGGCUGUGCUGCUGGCCCGAUGACGACAGGUCCGGUCAUACGAAACAACCCCUGUCUGCUCAUAGAAGUCAUGAAGAAAUUAGGGGUCGGCGGAAAUCACAUUUGGAUCCGAACGAACAAGAGACACGGUACCACUCGGCCCCGAGUGUCAUAGAUGAGGUACUGCAUAGAAGGGAUUGGGAGCGUUCUACCAAGGAACUUUACAUACCGCUCAAAUCUGACAAUGACUUUUCUAACGCUAAUAAUGAUAAUGAUAACUCUGACAAAUCUGAAAAAGAUGAUUCCCUUCUUGGAAAAUCGAACGAACAAAGUGCCAGUAAACCCUGUAAGAAACAUCAUAAAAAUAUCAAGUCUUCUCGAAAGAAAACUGUAAAUAAAGAAUCUCUGAAUGAUGACGUGAAAGACCAAGAUGCAACUGAAACAACAACCAAUUUUUACAUCGGUGAAUCUAGCAAUACUACAAGCCCCGAAUACACAAACGAUGUCAAAGUUGAUGAUAUUACUAAGACUGUAUACAAGCCUAAGGAAGCGAAACAAAGUCUUAAUGAGUCGAUACGAAGCAAGGACAGGCAGAGGCCCUUAAUUCCUCUCACAGAAUAUCAGGUAGCUGGUUUUAAUUUGGAGGCUAUUGACGACAUAGAGUUCGAUAGAUCUGGCGCCGUCCAUCACUCGGUGGAAUCCCGAUCAAGUCUUUAUAACACGCAUUCAAUACCAGCCCCGCCGCCUUCUGUAGCCAAAUACUUACAAGUUCCUUCAACUACAGAAGCUGUAAGUUACGAGAUGGAAGUUUCUUAUUUGGAAGAAACCGGUACAGCGGGUGUGUGGCGCGCCCCUGCCCCUGUGCCGCCAACGGUGUUGGCGCCGGUAGGCUGGUCGAGAGCCAGGCAUGCCAGCGCUGGCGAUGUGUUGGCCCCUGUUAUUCGACCUCAGUCAGGAGCUCUUUCUGAAAGUGAUCUAGACUUUGAGCUUGAAGGCUGCGACGAGCCACCGCCGGCAUAUGACGAAGUACUCCUAGCAUCCAUUGACAGAAAAGAAACUGCAAUAUGAGCUUUACUCUUUUACUUAAAAAAUAAGAUAAAAUUUGUUAACAACUGAUAAUAAUUUUUUCACAAUACAUAUAUUAGAGCCCACACUGACAAAAAACUCCGCGUUCUGAGUUCUGCAUUCCGUUUUCUCUGGAACAAUAUUAAUUCCGUGUAGUACAUGGAAUGAGGGACCGAAUUAUAUCAAUAUUAAUUAAUAGAAGUUACGGAUUUCUUAUAAAAGUUGAUUUAAAUAUCACGUAUUUUUUCAAAUUUUCCAUAUGUCAAAAACGCUGUCGUCCACUUUGUGACGUCACUAACACACUUGAUGUUGUUUAUAAACGUCGAACUAAUUGUUAACUAUUAUUUUUGUCCAACGCUCCAUUUGUAUGGGAUUUAUUAUAGUGACGUCAUGAAGCAGUUGAAAUAUAGACUGUCAUGGCCGCCAAGCGUUUGGCUCGUAUUGUCAAAUACAUAUUUAAAAAUUUUAAAUUUUUAUAUAAUCACGUCAAAUGAAAUUUUCAUGUAAUCAAAAAAUAUUAAAAAAAAUAAUUUCAGUCUAGCAGAACGAUAAUGAUUGAUUUACGACCAUUUAAAAAAAAUCAACUAGUCUAUUGAACUUCCAUAGUACCGCACAGACUGCAAGCAACGCUGUUUAACCGCUUGUACCUAAGUUUUGGCAAUAUAGUUACAAAAAUUGCGCAGAACGCAGAACACAGAACGCAUUAACACUUUCAGUGUGCGCGGGCCCUUAUAAGUUCUCUACCAAAUAUAAUUAGUUUUUGACAUUUGAAGUACCUGUUCUCUAGAAAAAGAAUUCAAAUUACUCCUGUAAUAAAAAUAAUUUCACUACAUACUGAAUGUGCGCUAUUCGUUUCAGAACUAAUGAACAGUUGACGUAUGAUUUUCAACAUAAUUAUGGUUAUGUUGCGAAGAUCUAAGAUUUUUUAAUUUUUCUAUAGAUUUAUCACAGAUCAGAAUAUAGUUAAGCACAUCACAGUUUUACCACUCCAAUAUUUAUAGGUAUUCAAUAUUCAUGUUAAUUUGCACUGGCUACCUAUUAACAAUACAACUACAAUCUUCAAAUAGCUAAACACUUAUAUUGGACAUAUUAAGUUAAACAUAUAAUAUACAUACUUGUAUUUCACUACUAAGUUACAAAUACAAUAUACUGUC